CGUGCUCUUUUGGCUUCUUCACGAGCUGCUUACUAGCUCGCUGGGUGGCUGCCCGUGAGCGAGCGUGGUGACGACGAGCACAAGCUGCCCCCCAUGGCCAACGACGGCAAGUCCGGCGACCAGACCCUCCGCGAGCUCGACGCGCUCAGCCACACGCUCUACCAGGCGCACAGCAACCGCCGCCACGCGUCGCUCGUCCUCCCGCGCUCGAGCGGGGGCGGGGGCGGAGGCGGGGGCGACGAUGCCGCCACGGCCGACGCGGUCCGGGCCGAGGUGGCGCGCCCGCGCACCCGCCGCCUGUCCAUGACGUCGCCGUUCCGGUCGAGGAGCAAGGUGGGGAAGAAAGACCCGGAUGAUGACGAGGACGACAACCUGGGAGCGGUCCCGUCAAAGAGCCAGAGCUUCGCUGCGGCGACGUCGACGGCCCCAGUUGCUCUGGCCGCCACAGGCGGAGGCGAAAAGAAGAAGGGGAUAUGGGGCUGGAAGCCAAUCCGCGCGCUGUCGCACAUCGGGAUGACCCGCCUCAGCUGCCUCUUUUCCGUCGAAGUGGCGGCGGCGCAGGGCCUGCCGUCGUCCAUGGACGGGCUCCGCCUCGCCGUGGCCGUGCGCAAGAAGGAGUCGCGCGACGGCGCCGUGCAGACCAUGCCGUCCCGCGUGCAGCAGGGCGCGGCGGAUUUCGAGGAGACGCUCUUCCUCCGGUGCCACGUCUACUGCAGCGGCGGGGGUGCAGGUAAGCCUCCGGCGAAGUUCGAGCCCCGCCCGUUCAUCCUGUCCGUGGUUGCCGUGGACGCGCCGGAGCUGGACUUCGGCCAGAGCGCCGUGGACCUGAGCGCCCUUGUGAAGGAGUCCACGGAGAAGAGCCGGGAGGGCGAGCGUGUUCGACAGUGGGACAUGGCCUUCCCGCUCGCUGGCAAGGCCAAGGGCGGCGAGCUCGUCGUCAAGCUCGCGUUCCAGAUCAUGGAGGACGGCGGCGUCGGGCUCUACAGCCAGCCAGCUUCCACCAAGACUGCUGGCUCCUCGUCGUCAGCGGCAUUGUUCGCGCGGAAGCAGAGCAAGACGUCGUUUAGCAUCACGAGCCCCAAGGUAUCGCGAUCAGAACCAUCGAUGACGCCUGCGAAGGGAUCAACGUUGCCAGACUUGAGUGGCAUCGACGACUUCAAACUCGACGAGCCCAGUCCUCCAGUGGUACCGGAGCCCAAGCAGGAGCAAAAGACGGAACAGGAGCAGAAGAGAGAGCCGGAGCCGCAACCUGAGCUGGAGGCCGACGACGAUGAGUUCCCCGACUUCGACGUCGUCGACAAAGGCAUGGAGGGACAAGAAGAGAAGGAUGAAACAAACGCCAACGCCGACGCUGGCAGCGAGAAUGAAGCCAAGAAAGAUGAAGAAGAGGGUGAUAAUGGCCCUGCCCCGGCCGGUGAGGAGGUGGUCAAGGAAGUCGUGCACGACAGCGCGAGCAUGUGGCGCCUCAACGAGCUCGAUGCGAUCACCAACCAGAUCAAGGCGCUCGAGGCACUGAUGCUGGGCGACAUGCCGGAAGACGAGGCUGACAAGCCGGCGGAGCCCAAGGAGGACGAGGCGGCAGGGCUGGACGCCGACGAGGAGGAGGUCACCAGGGAGUUCCUGCAGCUGAUGGAGCAAGGGGACAUCGACAAUGCCAAGUCCGCUCCUCAGGUGUCGUCGCUCAAGUCCGGCGCGAAGCCGGGCUCCGGCGAGGCUGAUGAGUCUUGCUUCAUCUCUGAUCUCGGCAAGGGGCUCGGCCCCAUUGUGCAGACACGGGACGGCGGGUACCUGGCCGCGACGAACCCGUUCGACAUCCCGGUGGCGAGGAAGGAGCUUCCCAAGCUCGCCAUGCAGCUGUCCAAGCCGUUCAUCCUUCGCGGCCAGAAGCUCCCCGGCGGCGGUGCCGAGGUGUUCCAGCGGCUGUGCGCAGGCGGGUGCGAGGCACUGACGGCGAAGCUGGGCGCGCUCACCGCCACUGACGAGGUGGUCGGCAAAACGGCAGAGCAGAUCGCCUUCGAGGGCAUGGCGUCUGCGAUCAUCAGCGCACGGGGCAAGGAUCUCGGCGCGAGCUCCAGCGCAGCCGAGUCCGUGUCAUUGCUCCGGAUGAUGUCCUCGGCGAUGAACGAAGGGCGCAAGGAGAGGAUCGCCACCGGCAUUUGGAACGCCAGCGAGGGGCCGGUGACCGUGGAGGAGAUCCUGGCGUUCUCGCUGCAGAAGAUCGAGACGAUGGCCAUCGAGGCGCUCAAGGUGCAGGCUGGCAUUGCCGAGGAGCAGGCCCCGUUCGACGUGUCCCCGGUGACCGACAACCCCGAUGAUGGCCACCCGCUGGACGCUGCCGUGCCGCCGGAGGAGUGGGCGAUCGCCUGCAUAGGCGCGGACGCGGUGACCAUGCUGGUGGUGGCACAGCUGAGGGAUCCCAUGCGCCGGUACGAAGCGGUCGGCGCGCCGUCCAUCGUGGUCAUCCAGGCCAGUCGCGCCGCUACCAGCUCUGACGACGAGCCGAGGUUCAAGGUGGCCAACAUGCACGUCGGGGGCCUGCGGCUAAAGUCAGCCGACCGGCGUAAUGUGUGGGACGGCGAGAGGCAGCGGCUGACGGCGUCGCAUUGGCUCGUCGCCUACGGGCUGGGCAAGGCCGGCAAGAAGGGACGGCAAGCGGCCGCGGUGAAGACCGGCCAUGACGUGCUCUGGAGCAUGUCGUCGAGGGUGGUCGCCGACAUGUGGCUAAAGCCGAUGCGCAACCCCGACGUGAAGAUAGCAGCCAAGUAGCCGCCUGCCGGAUUGAGGACCUGGGAGUCUAACUCUUGCAGAGUUGCAGUAGUAGUGCAAAGUGUUUACCUCUCAAUAAUACUGUAGAUGGCUACUUGUAAGAUAAUUCAAUCAAUAAAAAAACAUAUACAUAAUUAUAACAUAA